GCCGGCGGAAUCCUCAGUUGGUUCGCCGCCGUUGCCAGUUGCACGCGAGCGCGCGAUUAUAGCACGAUCCGUUCGAAGCCGCGAACUCGUUUCGUCGCACGUCGCUCGUCCCGGAGCCUCGUGAUCUCCGGAGCGUGAUCGCCGAUCCGAUUCGCGCCUCGCAUCGUAAACGAAUCGUCGUGCGUAACUCUCUGCUCACGGUGUUUCCGAUCGGUGGUGAUGUGAUUGAAGGAGACCGACAGUGCCAUAGAACAAGAGAAGGAUAACAGCUGGGUUUACUACUCCGCUUUUAAAACCGGCCACGAGCAAACGCUGCCGCUGAGGCUUUGCCCGAUCUCGAGGACGUGCGAAGGCCGUACGCCAUACACACACACACAUACAUACAUACACACACACACACACUACUCACUCACACAUACACACAAACACGUACACCAGUACAUCAGUGAUAUAGUGCCAUCUAAACGCAAACCUAAGUUGAUUUGUUCUCGCGCGUGCGCGGAUUUAUUACUCGGUGCCGAUCGUCGUGCCGGUCAUCGAUCUUUGGUGCGAUUUACACACGUUUAUCCUUGAUUCAAACUUUGAGUUGUGCGCGAACAGAAAGAGAUAGAGACCAUGAUGGCUUCCGUACCGGUCUCGGUAUCGGGUUCGAUGACGCCCUCUCAGCAGCAGCAGCAAGCGCAGAAAAAGGGAGUUUCCUUCGAGUUCUCGACCUCGCCGGACUUGGAUACUGGCUUCGAGCCGCAGACCAGAGCACGAUCCAACACAUGGCCUCUACCACGACCGGAAGGAUAUGUCGAGGGCGGUACGCCGACCGCGAAGGAAGGUGCCGAGGGUGGCACGCCGCCCCAUCAGACGCAGCUUAGCCAAGGUGGUCUGUUGCCAGUUAAAAAGAAUUCGUCACGCAGAAACGCUUGGGGUAACCUAAGCUACGCCGACCUGAUCACGCAGGCUAUUACCAGCGCGCCCGAUCAGCGGCUCACGCUCUCGCAGAUCUACGAAUGGAUGGUGCAGAAUGUGUCCUACUUCAAGGACAAGGGCGACAACAACAGCAGCGCCGGUUGGAAGAAUUCUAUACGUCACAACUUGUCGCUGCACAGUAGGUUUAUGCGGGUACAAAACGAGGGCACCGGCAAGAGUUCUUGGUGGAUGAUCAAUCGCGACGCCAAACCAGGCAAAUCCGCUCGUCGCAGAGCCACAACUAUGGAGAGUAACGGGAGCUUGGAAAAGCGGCGUGGCCGUUCCAAGAAAAUUGCUGAAGCUCUGAGGAACGGCGGACUACUGGCCGAACCAACGUCUAGUCCCAGCAGCAGCGUCGGCGAGGGCCUGGAUCUGUUUCCCGACAGCCCCCUACCUCCCAGCGGAUUCCAGCUGUCGUCCGAUUUCCGUCCUCGCGCCUCGAGUAACGCAUCCUCUUGCGGCCGAUUGAGUCCUAUCCCGGCGGUUCUCGGAGAACCAGAUUGGACACCGACCUACGCGCCCUCAUACAGCCCGGAACAACAAUUAGCAGACACGAUCCUAGCGGGUAAUCUGGCGGAGACGAUGAAACUGGAGCCCUACCAAAUGUACCAGACGUCACCACCGACCAGUCACCAGCAGCAAACCGGUCCGCCGCCGCCGCCACCGCCUUAUUACGAGGCGCAAUACCAGAGGAACAACGGCCUACGCACCCCGUCGUCCGCCUCCUACGGCCUGCCACCCACUCCGCAAUCGGCUAAUCAGCAGAGAUGCCCGAUUCACGGUCUGCAGCCGUGCGCCUGUCAAAUGGAUCGCGAUGUAUGUUUUACACACACGAUGCCACGGGAUGUCUAUCUAGCGGCAGGAUUCUAUAUCGCUCCCAGACAAAGGAUGACGUUAACUGAUAUGACGCGCUCGACGGAAGCAAUUAAUAAAUAUGUUAUUAAUAACCUCAGUCCCGUGUCGGGCAUGUCGCCGUCGUACCAGCAGAGCGAGCCGAACCCUACGACACUGGGUGCUAAUCAACAGCAGAUACAGUACUUGAUGCAAACGCAACAGCGCCAACAGCAGCAACAACGGCAACAACAACAGCAGCAACAGCAAUCGCAACAUCAGCCGGCACAGACCGGACCAGCUGGCUCCAGCCCGCCCAAUACGCCAACCCCCAAUACGCCCAGUACCAUGAUGGGCCAGUUGAUGGGUGCGCUUAAUCAUUCCGCCCUCCUCGACGAUCUCAACAUCGACGCGAUGCACGGCGCUUUUGACUGCAAUGUCGAAGAGGUGAUCAAGCACGAACUGUCGAUGGGCGGCACGCUGGACUUCAACUUUCAACAAGGAGUGAUGGGUACAGUGCAGGUGAGCGACGCUAACGCCGUUGUCGGUCAGAACGGUGUUGUCGCCCAGAACACAAGCAUGGUCGGCAACGCGCCCGCAGGCGUUUAUGUGAGCACGAACGCGGCGACCCCUGCUGCAGCCCCGUCGUGGGUUCACUAGCAGUUAACCCCCCUGCCCUCGACACCCCCGUCGUCCUUGCCAAUGCCGCCGUUGUCCGACGGAUCGCGGGAUAACUUCUGCGGGACGACCGAAGGGCAGCUCAUCGGUGAGUUCCAUCGAGAGUUCUUCAUUUUUCAAUGAUGAGUAAUCGCGAUUAAUGCGAGAUAAAAAAUAUAUAUAUAUAUGUAUACAUAUAUACAUAUAUCGAUAAGCGCAAUUGUCGGCCAUUCGGACUACUCAGGAUACAGAGCAAUCUUUGUUCUCACAAUUUGUAAAAACAAUUACAUAGAUUUUGUGAUUCGCGAAUGACGAGAAAUUUAAGUGAAGUAGUACUUCGAUAAUCGUAAUACAAUAGCACCUCUUAAACCCGAGAGAUUUUGAAAUCAAGGAAGUUUUCUAAGAGCCUCAUUGAAAAGAGGCCAUCUGAAGACGAAGAGAUCACCUGAAGAUGAACUUUUGACGCGACUAAAUACUAAGGUCUACUAAGAGGAGCUACUGUGCAUAAGUUUGUCCAAGUGCGUUAUAUAACAGUUAUAUUUAUACUUUGCGCAAAAGAUCUUCCUUGUUUUCUUUCUCGCACACGUAAUGAUCGUAUAGUGAUAAUAAUGUUAAGUUUGUGCGAUUUAUCAAUUCGAAUUCGAUAUGUCGCGCGAGUAGACUAAGUAAUUAAUCACCCGGAAAUUCACUCGAGAUUCUUCGCGAAUUUUCUCUCACGUUGCGUUUUUGAUCGCAAAACGAAAGGAGGAAGGGAGGAAGAUAUUCCGCGAUAGACGCGAGAGAGGAUGAUGGGAGGAGAGAGCAGGUCAUUGAUUGCUCCCUCGUGCACACGCAAAAUAAUAUUUGCAUACUCGUGUCAUAACAUUGCUCAGCCGUAUGGUAUUUAAUAAAUCGCUUCGACGUUUUGUGCCUCCGUUCUCCGAUCCGUUCGAGGACCCCGGCACCCCUCUCUCUUCUCCCACGCUGCUCUCACGCCGUCCGCCAUUUCGUACGUGCCGACACAUUCAUAUAGCGGCGGCAACUCGUGUUCUGUUCGGUGUUUUGUGUAAAAUCGCUGUAUUGACUUAGGCGCGAUAACAAUUACAUCGCCGCGGGGCCGCGAAUUUUAUGGAAAGCCUUAACACAAUAUUGCUGCUCGCGAAUCAUGCGAAAACAUUUCGCAUUUUUGUUUGACGAAGAAGCAAGGUGCGUAUAGGUAACGAACAAUUACACGUUCGCGGAAAAAACAAUCGCGCGAGACAUCGCCGAGUUUUCUCGCGGAUCCGAAAGAGAAAAGAAUCGGCGACAUGUGUCACGAUAUGUGUAAUAAAUAAAAUUCAAGUAUAUCUCAUGCUCGCGCGUCUUGUAUAUUCAUAUGUAUCCGAUCGAAAUAUUUUUUUGUAGCAAACGAGAAUAAUAAUUAAGAGUUUGCUCUUGUUUAUAAAGUAAGGCAAGAGAGUAUCGAUGAUGAUAAUAAUAUUGAAAAAAUAAGUAAAGAUUUAAGAGUUUAAUCUGUGCUUUAAACACAAAAAAUUAUGUUAUAAUAAAUAUGAGAAAUGUAAUUGUUUAAAAAGUU